GUGCUUCUGCACGAGGAAGGAGGGAAGAGGAAGAAGUGCCUCCAGCGCGAGCGGUGCGUGUCGGCUAGGGCAAGGGUCGCGCUGGGCAGCCGCUGUUCCGACUUGAGUGAGGCGUAAGGACCGCAACAGCACGUCCGCUGCCCAGCCGACAUGGCGGCGCAGGAAGUGACAAAGACACCAGAACCGGCCGCUCCCACGCCCGAGCCGCCGAAGCCGGCCGCCCCUUCGGACGACGACUGGGUGUUCAAGCCGCCGGCACUCUGGAAGGGCCACGAUGUGACCGAUUUGCCGAAAAAGGUGCGGCACUUCGUUGAGGAGCAACGCCGCUUGUGCCAGCCAGCAAGCGUGUACGUCUGCGACGGCAGUAUCCAGGAGAAUGAGGUCAUCAUAGCCUUCAUGGUCAAGCUCGGCCUCACCGUGCCACUGAAGAAGCAGGCUAACUGCUACCUGGUCCGGACGGAUCCCCGAGACGUGGCACGCGUCGAAGGGCGCACGUGCAUCGCCACAGCGCGCCAGGAGGAGACCUCGCCGAUACCAGCACCUGGUGUCAAGGGCAUCCUCGCAAACUGGAUCGCCCCCGAGGAGCUGCGCAAAAUUCUUUCCGAGUGCAUGCCCGGAUGCAUGAAAGGACGCACCAUGUUCGUGAUUCCGUUCAGCAUGUGCCCUGUGGAGUCGCCGCUGUCGCGACUAGGCAUCCAGGUGACGGACUCGCCGUACGUGGUGGCCAGCAUGCGCAUCAUGACCCGCAUGGGCGCCAAGGCACUAGCUGCCACCAAGGACAAAGAGUUCGUCAAGUGCGUCCACAGCGUAGGCCGACCGCUGCCUCUCAAAGAGCCCUUGGUCAACAACUGGCCUUGCAAUCCCGACAAGACCAUCAUAUCGCAUAUACCGCACGACAAUGAAAUUGUUUCUUUCGGGAGCGGCUACGGUGGAAACUCUCUGCUCGCGAAAAAAUGCUUCGCCCUGCGCAUCGGCUGCAAUCUGGGGAGACGCGAAGGCUGGCUCGCCGAACACAUGCUGAUCCUUGGCCUAACGACUCCUUCUGGCAACAAGUCAUACGUCGUGGGCGCGUUUCCGAGCGCUUGCGGCAAAACCAACCUGGCCAUGAUAACACCGACGCUGCCGGGUUACCGCGCCGAGUGCGUCGGCGACGACAUCGCCUGGCUCUACUUUGACGAGAACGGCGUCAUGCGCGCAGUGAACCCUGAAAACGGCUUCUUCGGUGUCUGCCCGG